AACCCGCCGGACUCUCACCGUCCCCUUCCCUCCCCUCUCUCCUCCACCACCAUCUCGGCCUCGCCGCGAACGCCGCGGACGUCCCCCACCCCCUCCUUCCUCCGAGCUCGGCCUCUCCUUCGCCGUAUCCCGGCGACAGCGCGUGAUGGGAGAGGACAAGAGGCAGGUUACGACGGUGGAGGAGGAGGCGGCCGCGGAGGCGGCGGCCAAGAGCCCGCGGAAAUCCCCGCGCCUGACCGCGGCCGUGGUGCCGCUGGCCGCGGUGCCCCUGGCCGCGGUGUCGCCGGAAUCGAGCGAAUCGCCAUCGACACAGCUGGAUUCUAGCGAGUCCACAUGUUCUGAUGACAGCCAGGAGCACCAGCACAUGUUCAUGACCGACGAGGAGCUGGCUGCGAUCGCGAAUAACUUCAAGACCGCCAAGGAGCACCCGAUGUGCCAGCAUGACGACUGCAAGGUCACCUGGAAGGGAGCCUCUGAUGGCGGCGGUGAGGACGCCGGGAUGAUGCUAUGCACGGAGUGCGGCUGUCAUUUCUGUACUGGGCCGGUGGGGGACAUGCUAAAUCCGAGGGGGCACGCGUACUGGCACGCCCAUGAAGCCAUGCACCGUGUUGCUCUGUGGUACGAUGAUCCGUAUAAGGCAUACUGCUUCGAUUGUGAAGAAGGUCUGACGCUCGGUGGGAACAGCUCCCAGGACAAAGAUGCGUGGGCAGUGGUUGCCAAAAAUGGAAAGGAUCAGUGGGGAAGCGAAGAUGUAGGUGGCCAUGCAUCUGGGGUUGCUUAUGUUUAUGGGGAUGGAUAUGUUAUCAGAGGGAUUCUAAAUCUUGGAAGCUCAUGCUACAUGAAUGCAUCGCUGCAGUGCCUCCUUGCGCUUCGUAAGCUGAGGAGAAUGAUUUUAGGACUGGAUGCUUGGUUGGGGUUCACUGGACAUUACCUGAAGGAGUUGUUUGUUGAGACAGGCAGUGCAAAUGAUGCCACAUGCUUGCUAAAUCCACGUAUGCUAUUGGAUUGUGUGGGGGGAUCUGGCCAGCAGUUCAAGGGCAACGAGAUGGAAGACACCUACGAGUUUCUUGUGUCUUUGCGCAAUGCUUUAGAUAAGGAGGUGAAGGAGCUAAACGAUUUGAAUUGCGUGCAAGGGGGUGCAGUGUUGCCUGAAUUUGGCGAAUCCAUUUUCAGGGUCCAGAUGUGUCAAACCAUAUCCUGCAAAAGUUGCCCGAAUAAUUCAGUUCAACAAAUUGAGUUAUAUGAUCUCCAGGCACCUGUGGCAUUGCCAUCAAAGGAUCCACUAGCAAGAAGUGUUGUGUCAUCACCAAAGAUCGAGAGCCACAUGUCUCCAAGGAAUAUUUGCAAGAAACUAUUUCAAGAAACUCAAAAGAGUGAUGGAGAAAAGCUUCAAACAAUUGCUGAAGGUUGUGAACUGGGAGAUGGGGCCAUGGAGAAAAAACCCGAGCCUUUGCAAGUUGAUUCUACUGAAAUGAAGGAUGUUGUAGAUGAUCGUUUGCAGACUCACGAGAAUGAUGGCCCAAGAGAGAUCGUUGAGGUGUCUAUAAAAGCUCUUGAUUUCAUUCCUAACUUGUUUGAUGGCAUUGAAGGAGUGGAAAUAGCAGAUUCUCGCAAUCCGAAAGAUAUAGUUCCUCCACUGUUUACAACCGAAGACAAGGGGAAAGCUCAGAGUAGUGAUAUUAUUCCUCCAAUUGUUUCAACAGAAGACAAGGGGAAAGCUAAGAGCUGUGAUAUUAUUCCUCCACUUGUUAUAACAGAAGACAUGGGGAAAGCUCAGAGCAGUGAUAUUAUUCAUGAUGUCGCAGAACAUAUGAACUCUCUUUCGUCGAUUGAGGACUGCCUGGCACUGCUUUUGAUUGAACAACCGGUAGAAUGGACUUGCGAGAACUGUUCCAAUGUUGCUGAGCUGCGGAGAACGAACAGUAGUAAAAAUGGUGAACAGAUGAUGGGAAGUACUAAUGUAAAUACAACAGUUGGUGGAGACCAGACUGAACAGGCCGACAGGAAAACAUGCCCAAGUGAGCAAUCUGUUGAUUUGAACAGGUUCUCAUCAGAAUGUACUUCUCCAAGUAGGCGACCACAUGGUUUGGAUGCACAGGAUAAAGUUAUACUCUAUGAGGACAGAACUACUAAAGGAAUCACUUCAGAGACGAGUUGUGAUGAAAAGGACUCACCCUCUUCCAGCACAGGCAAUAAAAAAUCUGAAAGUCAUCAAGGUGUUCAAGAAGCUGUUCUUAUAUGCCUUCCAACUGAUAAACGGACUAACAUGUUGGUCGUCCAAGAUAGUCAAGAUACCAGCACAGAAAAUCAGGGCAGAGGGAAGCAGGUAAAGCUGGAUGAUCAUAGUGUAAAACAAGUGGACAAAGACCAAAAUGAGCAGAAAAAUGAGGAUGGUGGUGCCACUCAAACAAUUUUGCUUACCAAGCUGCCACCUGUAUUAACCAUUCAACUGAAGAGAUCUGCGGCUGAUCUUUCUAAAUUGGUUGGACAUGUGAGCUUUAAUGAGAUUCUUCAUGUAGGACCAUUCAUGGACCCAAGUUGUGAGGACAAAGAUAACUCUAGCUAUCGUCUAGUUGGUGUCAUUGAGCACAUUGGCUCCACCUUGCGUGGAGGGCAUUACAUUGCUUAUGUGAGGGCGGAUCGCAAUCAGCAGAGUGGGUCUUCCUCAUGGGUUUGUGCGAAUGAUUCCUCCAUCAGAGAAGUCUCUCUACAAGAAGUUCUCAGGUGCGAGGCCUACAUUCUUUUCUAUGAGAGGAUGGAGGAGGAGGACGACUGAGGCAUAUGUGGCAUUCUACCCACCAACUAAUCAGAAGUGCAAUGACAAAUGAAGCAGAAGGGUGAGAUUAGCAACGAUGGCCAAGUGUACCUACUAACGUAGAGUCAUCAUAAAGUCCAAUUUUGUUGCUUUGGCUGAGUCAUUGCAGGAUUUUUCAUUGGUUGAUGCGUGUAUCAGUCAGCUGGAGAGAUUUCGGCCAGCCGAUCUAGUCAUAUUCGUUCAUAACCAUUAUUUUCUGUCCAUGAGAAACGUACUAUAAUUUUCCAUUUCCCUUUGUGUGAAAGGGAAACACUAAUAGAGUUCUUUUGUUGGUACAA